AUGCUACGCAGACAUGGUACUAUUAAACACACUGAGGUUGAUGCUGUCGUAGAGUUUCUGACAGCUCUCCGGGUCCAAUGGGGUCAAAUUUGGCUCUUUUUCCAUCCCCGUCAUAUGAUGCUCGGAUAUUAUAUUGGAGAUCCUAACUAUAACAACUAUCAUAUCAACAAGGGACUGCCGACCAUCCCCGUCCAAGUGGAACUCAAUCGAACAAUUACCGAGUACCAUAGAGGGCGCUCCAUGACUAGUGGAAAGUUUCCUAUCGGCCGCCAUUAUUUUAUUAUGCGAUGUAUUGAACCAGAUCAGUGCUAUCAAUGUACCAAUCUAAACUAA